AUGCAAUGUCUCCACGACUACCACGAGACAAUUUCGCCAACGACUACAACUAAAGACAAUGUCUCCACGACUACAACUGUUAACAAUAUCUCCACGACUACCACUGAUGACAAUGCCUCCACGACUGCCACUGAUAACAAUGUAUCCACGACUACCACGGAUAACAAUGUCUCCACGACUACCACUGAUGACAAUGUCUCCACGACUACAACUGAUGACAAUGUCUCCACGACUACCACUGAUGACAAUGUCUCCACGACUACCACUGAUGACAAUGUAUCCACGACUAACACUGAUAACAAUGUGUCGACGACUACAACUGAUGACAAUUUAUCCAGAACUACCACUGAUAACAGUAUCUCGACGACUACCACUGAUGACAAUGUCUCCAGGACUACCACUGAUGACAGUAUCUCCACGACUACCACUGAUGACAAUGCCUCCACGACUACAACUGAUGACAAUGUCGCCACGACUACAACUAAUGACAAUGUCUCCACGACUACAACUGAUGACAAUGUCUCCACGCCUACAACUGAUGACAAUGCCUCCACGACUGCCACUAAUAACAAUGUAUCCACGACUACAACUGAUGACAAUCUCUCCACGAAUACAACUGAUCACAAUUUCUCCACGACUACAACUGAUGACAAUGUAUCUAGAACUACCAUUGAUAACAAUAUCUCGACGACUACCACUGAUGACAAUACCUCCACGACUGCCACUGAUGACAAUGUCUCCACGACUACAACGGAUAACACUGUCUCCACGUCUACAACUGAUGACAAUGUCUCCACGACUACAACUGAUGACAGUGUAUCAACGCCUACAAGUGAUGACAAUGUUUUCACGACUACAACUGAUGACAAUGUUUUCACGACUACAACUGAUGACAAUGUCUUCACGACUACCACUGAUGACAAUGUCUCGACGACUACAACUGAUGACAAUGUCUCCAGAAAUACCACUGAUAACACUGUCUCCAUGACUACAACUGAUGACAAUGUCUCCACGACUACAACUGAUGACAAUGUCUUCACGACUACCACUGAUGACAAUGUCUCUACGACUAACAUUAAUAACAAUGUCUCGACGACUACAACUGAUGACAAUGUCUCCACGACUACAACUAAUGGCAGUGUCUUCACGACUACCACUGAUGACAAUGUCUCUACGACUAACACUGAUAACAAUGUCUCCAUGACUACAACUGAUAACAAUGUAUCCAGAACUACCACGACAACCACGGAUAACAAUGUAUCCACGACUACAACUUAUGUCAAAUUCUCCACGACUACAACUGAUGACAAUGUCUCCACGACUACAACUGAUGACAAUGUCUCCACGACUACAACUGAUAACAAUGUCUCCACGACUACCACUGAUGACAAUGUCUCCACGACUACAACUGAUGACAAUGUCUCAACGACUACAACUGAUGACAAUGUCUUCACGACUACCACUGAUGACAAUGUCUUCACGACUACCACUGAUAACAAUUUAUCCACGACUACAAGUGAUGACAAUGUCUCCACGACUACAACUGAUGGCAGUGUCUUCACGACUACCACUGAUGACAAUGUCUCUACGACUAACACUGAUAACAAUGUCUCCAUGACUACAACUGAUAACAAUGUAUCCAGAACUACCACGACAACCACGGAUAACAAUAUAUCCACGACUACAACUUAUGUCAAAUUCUCCACGACUACAACUGAUAACAAUGUCUCCACGACUACCACUGAUGACAAUGUCUCCACGACUACAACUGAUGACAAUGUCUCCACGACUACAACUGAUGACAAUGUCUCCACGACUACAACUGAUAACAAUGUCUCCACGACUACCACUGAUGACAAUGUCUCCACGACUACAACUGAUGACAAUGUCUCAACGACUACAACUGAUGACAAUGUCUUCACGACUACCACUGAUGACAAUGUCUUCACGACUACCACUGAUAACAAUGUCUCGACGACUACAACUGAUGACAAUGUCUCCGGAACUACCACUGAUAACAAUUUAUCCACGACUACAAGUGAUGACAACUUAUCCACGACUACAACUGAUGACAAUUUAUCCACGACAACAACUGAUGACAAUGUCCACAAGACUACACCUGAUAAUUCACACACAUUUAGUGAGAGUUUUUCACCUACAACUACAAAAAAUAGUGACACAAAAACGAUAUUACCAUUAGCUACUACGAGCCUACCUGCACCACCGCACAUAUCUUCCCAUCCACUUGUGGCCACCACGAUUUCAUCACGGCAAGCUUACCCAGCAGGUGGAUCGGUAUUAGUCUGUGAGAACGACACAAAGAAAAUCAUCUGUACCCUGCCGUUUGUGAUAAAUAUCGUGGAGGCGUGGUAUGGCAGAAAUGACACAAUGACAUGCCAUACAGCAUCACCGUCAAUGAUGUGUUAUUCCGACGUCAGCGUGACGUAUUCAGUCACGGAAAAGACUUGUCAGAAUAAGAAUACAUGCAUAUUAUCAACAGUUCGACAGAUAUAUGGAAAUGCUUGCGUUGGUAAACACGCUUACCUCAUGCUUACGUACGAGUGUACCCUACCAGACUCGGGUGCACAACAGAAGCCAAAGGUCCAGCUUAGCUUCCAUGCUCGAUACACAAACAUCAAUAUGACGGCAGACAUUUUGUGGAGAGUACCGGUGCAGAACGUGGGGCUAUGUGGCAUCCAUUGUCGGAAUGACCGCACGUGCUUGUCUUUUGCAUUUGACCCAAAGUAUCAGAUAUGUCAAGGCCACAAAUCCGCGAUUUCAAACGAGGUUAAAGAUCAAGGUUCUCCUGGAAAUUCUAUGUUCUAUUUUGAAUUUAAAUGGUGCGAGAGUGCCGGUUUCCUGUAUGACAUUACGGGUGUAUGUUAUGGGAUAUAUGGUGUUCAUCAGACUCCGGCUGACUGUCAGAGAGAAUGUUCGCAACACAGCAGCGGAGAUGAAAAAGUGGUGGGAGGUUUAAUGGUCCUAGACACCCCGCAAAAACUACAAGAAAUGUGGCUCAAGACGCGACAGGAUUCCUGGUUAGAACAAGAAAGUUCAUUUAUUGUAUCCGGAAGAAGAGAUGAGGCAGGUAGUUGGACAUUUUUAGACGGAAAUAUCAUUCCGAACAAUGUAUGGGAUCCAGGAGCGUUCGGAACACGCCCUGGAGACUGUGUUUCACUGACUCGUGACGGACUAGUUCCGAUUAAUUGUGCUACCACCGGGUUCUUUAUGUGUGAAAAGGUCUUAUUCAAACCUUCAUCGUGAUGUAUAGCGUAUGUAUGUAGUGACCUAAAUUUGUAUUGUUCACGCGAAAAAAAUAUUUUUUAAAUAGAAUUUCUAAUAUAAUUGAAGAAUCGCACAAGUUUUAUGCAUGAUAAUAAAACAGCUGCUACCAGACAGCUGAUUUUG